UUUCCAUACAUUAUCCACUAUGUAUCACCUCUUAAAAGGCUUACACGAGUACUUAACGAGGAAAGAAGAAUUUUCAGUGAUCAUCAUCGGCCUUGAUGGUGCUGGCAAAACCACACUUUUGGAGAAAAUAAAGACUCUAUAUAACGAGACUCCCGGGCUUGACCCGUCUAAGAUUGGCCCGACUGUAGGGCAAAAUACGGGCAAAAUAUCUCUCCCAUCCAGCAUCAUAAACUUCUUCGACCUCGGAGGACAACGCGGCAUCCGGUCCAUCUGGUACAGAUACUACGACGACUGUCACGCCGUAGCGUACGUUAUCGACGCGCAAGACCGAGAGAGGCUUAGUGAGGGCUGGGAAGUCUUCGACACAGUCCUCUCCUCCCCUCAAACGCUCAACAUCCCCCUCCUACUCCUCGCAAACAAACAAGAUUCCCCUUCAAGCCUCAGCGUUUCAGAGAUAAGGCAGGAUUAUGAAGAUUGGGAUCAGAGGAGGAGGGAGAGCGCGAGGAGGAGGUUUGGCGAGGAUGAGGAUGCAGAAAUGGAGAGGAAGCGGGAGAGGAUUGCUAGUUUAGAUGUUUUGGGCGUUUCGGCGCUUGACGGAGCUGGUGUUCGCGAGGCUGUGGAUUGGUUGUUCUUGCGUGUCCAGAAUAGUAGACGUGACUUGGCGGAUCGGUAGCGAGGCUUUGGGAGUCGAUUUAUGUCGGCAGUGCCAUUUGCCUGUGUACUUGUAUGUACGGGGUUACGUGUCAAACGUCUUAUUGAGUGCGAGCUUUACAUGAUGAUUGAUGUGGCAGCACUUUCAGGUUAUUGGUUGUUGAUUUGAUUCACAGGUAUAUCUUCCCCUCAUGCCACCCCAACCGUGACGUGAAUUAUGGGGGAUAUUCUGUGCUUGUGGGAGCGUCCUAUGUUCUGCUUUUACUUGCACGAUGGUCACCGCAGCAUAGCACCCUGUGAUCUGUUGCUAACUUGAUGUGCGCACAUGCUCGGCCCUCUGCAAACUUCAGGCUUCAAUUUCACCUUUAUACUCUCCGACUUUUAAUUUCCGAACU